AUGGAAAACCAUCCAGCUGGCACUAAAAUCAAAGAACAUGGCUAUCGAACGUUGGGAGGGUGUUCUGCACCCUGUUUUGCGUUCGAUCCAGUCGAUACAGCAACAAAUGCCACACCACAUGAACGUAUGUUCAUUCAUGCUAGAAGAUCAUAUUAUGGACGUUCUUUACCUGCGAGGUUGACACAAACUGGAACAAAUGAAGAUUUGACCACUGAAGCUCCUGAACCAGUAUCGAAAACUGUAAGCAAAUCACCAGAAGAGGAUCCCCAAGACAGUGAUUUACCGCGGUCUAGCAGACAUGAGUUUUCUGUGAUAUUUCUCAAUCAAUAUAUUAUUUUGUCCGUUCAGGAACUUCCAAAACAGACUGGUUUCUUGGAAGCGAUGCUAGUCCAUCUCCAGAAAUGGCGUCAAAGCUCAACUCAUUUUCCUGUUAUGUCUCAUCAACAGUUUUGUGACUUGGUUCACUCUCAAGUCAACCCUUUGGCCAACAUCGAACAUAUCAAAGUUAUGAUUGAUCAACUGCAGCUCAUGGGAGAAUUAUUGUUUUUAAGACUGGAGACUCAAGACAUGAUUGUAUUGAACCCUCGUUGGUUGUGUGUAGAUAUUAUCGGUCACAUGUUAUCUCAAGAGCAUCUUGAGACAGCUAAAAUAACAGGAACAUACACUGUGGAUGAUAUUCAACUUUUGUUUCCUGAUACAGAUGCCUUAGACCUCUUACAGGUGCUGGAGUCUCUGCAAUUGUGUACGCAGUGUGAUAGCAACGGAGACAUCGAAUAUGAAUUUCCUUGUUUCAAUAUGUUGGAUUCUCAAGACUAUCUUUGGGAUAAAAGUGAUGUACGAUAUACGAAUGCCGUUUAUGGAGGUGUUAGAAUACAAUGCUGGCCAGCUGACAAGCAUCUGCUUAGAUGCGUAAUUCCAAGACUACAGGUUCAGCUCAGGAGAUAUUCUCAAAACCACGUGGCAACAGAUUGCUCCCUGCAGCAGUGGAGGCAAGGUAGUAAUUUCACGUAUAGUAGCAUUCAAGGGCAAAUAACUCUAGGAGAAUUUGGUGAAUCUAUUGAUGUUAAAAUCAGAGCGCCUUCUUUUUUACGAGUUGAAAGCUUUUACUUCUUGUCAAGUCUUUUGGGAGUGAUUGAUCACACUAUGUCUGAAAUGUGCCCAGGACUUCUGUACGAGAAACAUGCCAUCAGUCCUUCACAUUUGUGCCAACAUCUUAUUCAACCGCUAAGUCAUUCUUCUUAUGCCUUAUUGUCAACACUUCUAGAACAAGGGCUGCCUGGAAGCGUUCGCAUGUCCGAUGGAACAAUUAUAGAACAUCUUACCGACGUCAUAUGCUUGGGAUCUCCAGAUAUUGUUGGAUCAAAUAACAAUUCAGGUGGUGUUGUUCUAGGCCCUCAACUGCAUGCCUCUAAUCUACCUUUGCCAGUCCAUCAAAGACUUUGCGCUCUUUUGGAUCCACCAGAACCAAUAGGAAGAGACUGGUGUAUGUUGGCUGUCCUUUUGGGACUUACGGAUAUGCUACCACAUCUUGAUCCUGGAGACAAUCCAGCGCAAAGUCCUACCAGCCGAAUUAUGCGCGAAUGGCUCAAAGAACCUUCUAGCACUAUAGAGUGUCUCAUUGAUAAAUUGAAGGAACUAGGACGACUAGAUGCAGUAGAGGUCAUUAUGAGGACAGCCCCCUUUAUCAAAGUAUUCCCUAUAGGAGGAGAAGUAUCUAAUGAAGAUAUUAGUAUGAUUUGUAGUAUGUCACACACUUCCAGUUCUAAUAUAUCUCGGUAGCUUUCAAUGAACAGGAAGGACUGAGAAGUAGAUCCAUAGUUUUCAGUGGAACUAUAACAGAAGGUUUUUCUAAAGCACAUUUAAGACUUUAAUUACAGGAUAAAUUUAUCUUGUUAUUGUUCUAAUCAUAACAGAAAAUUUUUACUUGAAUUUCUUUCUGUAUUCUAACUGAAUCGGACGCAAAUUCGGUUCUUUACUAUGUACUUGUUCUUCGAGCUUAUUUCAGUUUUACGAAUUUAUUUUAUUCUUACAGGUGAUGUAAAAAAUGAAUAUAAGUAACUUAUAAAAUGAAGCAUUAUUGUCAAGAGUCCCUUAUUAUUCCGUCCAUUAUGUUUCACACAAAGUUUUGUGUUGAUAUAUUUAUAUCUUUUAAUGAAAUGAUUAAUUUCAGUUAGCUUUUAAACUUUGGAGUAAAUAUUAUUGAUUUGAAUCAUCAAAAUUUUAAUUAACGUUUUAGAAAUGUUUGUAAGAAUCUACGUUUACAUAAACUUCAGAUAGAAUAUAACUGUGUAUCUCAUAUGUAAAAGAAAAUUAUCUUCUACCCUUUCCGAUUUUGCCAGGAAAUCUAAAAAGGGUUUUUGUUCUUAUUGAAAUACUUCAUAAAAUUCUAUCUGUAGUACUCAUUUUCAUGCUCAUUUUUUAUAAUGUGAAAAUCUUAGACCUUGCAGAUUCUUCUGGAGGAAAUAUUUAAAAUGGACAUGUGCAUGGAGUCUAAAAUAUUAAAAAAAUUAAGGUAUUUUGCUUCAGAAAACGGGAAUCUAAUCAAUUACUAUAUUCGUACUGUAGAAGAACUUGACAUUUCUGUAAAAAUACCAGAUUUGACUCCAGGGAAUCUGCUCAAUUGAAGUAUUACUGUGAAUAGAUUUGGUGACUGCAUAUUUGUAUGAAAAAUCGCUGCUGCUGAAUACUUAUGUUUUAUAAUAAAUAAACUGAACUUUUUGUUGUUAUGAA